AUGCAUCGGAUAAAGGCUGUGUUGAAUGAAAAUUCGUUGGAUGAAAUGAAGCACGGUGUGUCAGAUGAAUGCUACUCAUCUGCUGCUCAUUGUCUGAUUUUCCACAUCGCGCAUUCAUACCCAGUGGCUCCGGAUCCUUCUUCUGCGGCGAGUCAUCCACGAGAGCUCCCCUGGGUAGGCAGUGCCCGGCGCUGCUCUCGGAUUCGCUUUGCGCGGUCCCAAUGGAAAGAGAGAUGGGCAGGGUGUAAUCAGCUUGAACGUAAGAGAGGAACUCCAGAUUGUAUCUUUACCACCCCAAGGGAAAGAGAGGAACUUCAGAUUGUGUCUUUACCACCCCAAAGGAAGGAGAGUUACUUCAGAUCAUGUUUUCGCGAUCCCAAACACUUCGGAUCGUGGCUUCGCGAUCCCAAAGAAGAGCGAGUUACUUCGGAGCGGAGAGUUACUUCAGAUCCAGAUUUUGCGAUCACAAAGGCCAAAUCUAUGCCCACUGCCAUGCUGCCUGCGGGUAAUGGUGUCACAGGCAAGGGCGCAAUCGCUGCAACUCUGCGCUAUGUAAACUACACGAACCCGACUUGGGGAGAGCAGACGGGUAUAGUGGCCGCAGCUCCAGAGCCUGCAGGGAUGUCAAAAUCUAGCAAACUGCUGGGAACCCGCACCUUCUGCCGUUUACAUCCACACAGAUCGCGUUCAUUACACUGCCACCGAACACCUCGUGGUACUCCACAUAAACGCUUCAGUAACUGCGACAACUUGUCAAGUCACUCUGCUUUCUCUCACCCCAUCGGUCAAGCUUUGGGCAUGCUCUUCACGAACACGAACCUGACAUGGGUGAUAUCGGCUCAUGGCGCCAGUUUGCUCAUUUUUACUACCAGUGGUCUGGAUUGGCCAGAGACAUUCUCGUUCGACUGCGAUGCUCUCUGGCACUUUAGAGGAAACGGCGGCAACUGGUUCGGCCAGGGCGCUGUCUACGAGUGGCCAGGAGAAAACGGAGACGUCGCGCUGCGAGUUCAAGAAAGAAAAUUCGCCUUGGUUCGGAAUUCAAUCUUCGCGAGGACGCAAACCGCACCGGCAUCGAUGACAUUCAGGCACGGGUCCCAGAACAUUCUCUUUGGUUCCGAAUUCAAUCUCCGCGAGGGCACACACUGCGCCAUCGUCGACGACAUUGAGGCGCGAGUCCCGGAACUGGAGUACAUUCUCUCUGGCUCUGAGUUCAAGUUUCGCGAAGGCACAUACCGCACCGUCAUCGACACCAUUGAGGCACGACUCCCAGAACGAGAGAACGUUCUCUUUGGCUCUGAAUUCAAGCCCUGGAAGGCCUGGAAGGGCAUACACCGCACCAUCAUCGACGACGUCAAGGUCAUUGUCGAGGGACCUGCAAGAAUCGCUCCUAUUGAGAGCGUAAGUUUACCUCCUCCAAUCGCUGUCCAACUUACUGACAUUUGCCAGGCCGAUAGUGACACUCGCGACGACAACAUUGACCGUGGUUUUCCCGCCGACAGCCGGCUGUCGCAAGUAAGUCAUCCUUCCAUUACCAAGCACAUUGGCUCACUGCUCUUGGCUGUACAGACGAAGACACGCAAGGAUGCUGGCGGCCUGACCGGCGAGUGCUUCGAGUGUUUGUGCUACAGAACAUCGAACUCGCCGAUUAUGUCUACGCCCAUUCAAGCAUGCACGAUCUCCGCACUCCACAGCGGUCACGACGUCGUUGAGAUCGCCCAGACUGGCAAAGUCACGCGUGCAGCAGGCAGCGGUAAGACGGCGGGAUACCUCAUCUCAAUCAUCUCCAAGCUUGUAGGCAAGGCCAAGAAGCUUGACCCGACUUUGAGAGCCUCACCGUUUGGCAACGCGCGAUACUCCAAUAUCACCCAAAAUCCGAUGAGCAAGGCAAGGUCGGCCGGGACCUGCAGACCUCGCUUUCAGGCGUAUGUUCGAGAUGCAUCCAAGUUCAGCUGCCUGCAAAUCGGGGAAGGCGAUGAAUGCUUGACGCUUGAGUUCCACGCUCGAAAUCGCCUAUUCUGGAAUUUUCCCUACGCUCUUUCCGUUGGGAUCGCGAGGGUGCGAUCCAAAGGUGGCCAGACGCAUAGGAACAUCAAGCAGGAUGCAGCAAAGAAGCACAAGGCUCAGCAUCCACAGCAACGCAUCGAGGAAUGUAUCGGCACAGUCGUCCAUCUCCAAUGA